AUGGCGCGAGAGAUUAAGCAUGUUGAUCACUGCGUCGAGUAUAUCCGGGAAGCACUCAUGUGCCAGCCUGACUUGGGGAUGGUCACCUUCCGCUGGAUCAACAACACGGCCCAACACGAAGACAAAUCAGGGUUUUGGCCAACAAAUUUUGAUGUUGACACUCAUCGGUGUGCUAAUUGGGAUGCACUGAACAAUUGGGCCGGCCAGAGAAUGUUUAACCUCUUUGAGGUGGAUAAGCUCCAGAGACCUAUGCCAGAGGUGUGA